GCGAAUGCGCCUCGCAGGGCGGCCAGUCCCGGGAGCUGUGCUAGUCACCUCCUCCCGGACUCUUGGGCAUCUGCCGGUACCGGCGAGGGCGCAGACGAGGGUGAAGCCAUGGCCCUCCAGCGGCUCGGGGGCUGCUGGUUCAGUGACCUCCCAGCGCUGCUGCUGCUACUGCUGCUCCGGCCGCCAGCGACAUCGGGCACCACAUGCUCUACUCCAACAUCUAUUGAACAUGCAAACAUUCAGGUCAAGAGUUACGAGGCGAAUUCCAGGGAACGGUAUAUUUGUAACUCUGGUUUCAAGCGUAAAGCUGGUACGUCCAGUCUGACUAAGUGCCUGCAUAACGAAGACACAAACGUUACCCAGUGGACAAUUCCCAGUCUCAAGUGCAUCAGAGACCCCUCCCUGACUCACCAAAGGCCACCCUCCACAGUAGCGCCGGCAGGGGUGACCCCAGAGCCAGAGAGCCCCUCCCCUUCUGAAAAAGAACCAGCUUUCACUUCCAAGUCAGACACCACAGUGCCCACAGAGCCAGCUGUUGUACCAGGCUCCAGGCUGAUGCCAUCAAAACCUCCUUCUCCAGGAACCACAGGGGUAGUCAGGAAUGAGCAUCCCCAAGCCCCAUCUCAGACAACAGCAAAGGCCUUGGAACAUUCUCCCUCCACCUCGCUCGAGAAGCCAGGUACACAUUCAUACAAUUCCACAGUUGCCACUGUGGCAGCAAUUUCCACCUCUGUGUCUGUGCUUUUUGGAGUAUGUGUGGUAUUUCUUCUGGUAUGUUAUUGCAAAAAGUCAAGGCAAACUUCCCGGACACCCAAUGUUCCAAUGGAAAACAUGGAAGACAUACCAAUGACUGGGGCAACCAAUGGCAGAGAGGAGGACACACAAAACUACCAAACAACCUAGGAAACGCCAGGAGAAAACCAAGGCCAGCAAGGGCUGGAGCAAAGGCACCAACUCUGCUCUGGCCAGAGGGGACUCUGAAAAGACUCUAGGAGUUGGGCACCAGGGAGAAGCUGCCAGGAUGCUAAACUAUCUUGGCAUCACUUUAUCGACCGUGGCCCCCCUAGGCACUGCCUGCAUGGGUAGGUUCUCCAGGCUUAGGAUGGACGCUCGAUGCCUGCCCUGCCUCAGAUACAGGGCCAGGUUCCCAAAGUUCCAGCCAUUGAAGGCCUCAGGUCUUCCUGUCAGGACAUUUACUUGGGAUGACUUAUCAGCCUGACUCUCUCUUCCGUCCCUCCUCCUGACUUGCAGUUUACAAAGAAAAGAAAUAUAUCUGAGGCUCUAAGUGAAUUGAGUAGGCUCCUCCUGUUUUAGGAGGUAUCUAUAAAGAUGACAUCAGCAUUUCAUCUCCCCAAACUCUCUCCAGUUAGGUGCUCUGCAUGCAUUGAAUGGGAGCAAAGAGACAGUGUGCCCAAUGGAUUCUCCAGAUUUAAAGGCUCAGAAAGAAAGCUGAACUCAGUGACAUUUUAUAUAUAUAUAUAUGUACAUUUAUAUUUAUACUUCCUUAUCUAUUAUAUCUACAU